GUGAGUUGGAAUCGAAGCCUCUUAAAAUGGCAGAUGAUUUGGACUUCGAGACAGGAGAUGCAGGGGCCUCAGCCACCUUCCCAAAGCAGUGCUCAGCAUUACGUAAGAAUGGUUUUGUGGUGCUUAAAGGCCGGCCGUGUAAGAUCGUCGAGAUGUCUACUUCGAAGACUGGCAAGCAUGGCCAUGCCAAGGUCCACCUGGUUGGUACUGACAUUUUUACUGGGAAGAAAUAUGAAGAUAUCUGCCCGUCAACUCAUAAUAUGGAUGUCCCCAACAUUAAAAGGAAUGAUUUCCAGCUGAUUGGCAUCCAGGAUGGGUACCUAUCCCUGCUCCAGGACAGUGGGGAGGUACGAGAGGACCUUCGUCUGCCCAAGGGAGACCUUGGCAAGGAGAUUGACUGUGGAGAAGAGAUCCUGAUCACGGUGCUGUCUGCCAUGACAGAGGAGGCAGCUGUUGCAGUCAAGGCCAUGGCAAAAUAACUGGCCCUCAAGGUGGCGGUGGUGGCAGCAGCGAUCCUGGAGCCUACAGAGGCCCCUCCCCCAGCUGGGUUCCGCUCUGGCUGGGCCCUUGGCUGGACUCCUAUACAAUUUAUUUGACGUUUUAUUUUGGUUUUCCUCACCCCUUCAAACUGUCGGGGAGACCCUGCCCUUCACCUAGCUCCCUUGGCCAGGAAUGAGGGAGCCAUGGCCUUGGUGAAGCUACUACCUGCCUCUUCCCUCACAGCCCUGGUGGGGGCAAAGGAAUUGGGUAUUGCUUGUGGUUUAGGUCCCCCACCUCUCCUUUUUUUCUUUUUAAUUCAAUUUGGAAUCAGAAAGCUGUGGAUUCUG